AUGAAAUUAAUCAUUAUUAUUGUUAUUUUACUUCUUGGUUGUGUUGCUCUUAAUGAAGCACUUCAAUGCUAUUCGCAUGAUUUAUGUUCAAUUAAUUGUCCACAGUUGAGCUAUACCAUAAAGUCUUGUACUGAUAAUGAUAAUAGAUGUUACACAGCUACAUUUCUUGGUGGUAUUGCCCGUGGUUGUGCUAAAGAACGAUGUAAUGUUCAAAUCAAUGCUAAUUCAGUUACGGCUAAUGUCUGUUGUGAAACAGAUUUGUGCAAUUCAGCAACAACAUCAAAACUAACAUUAAGCAUACUCUUUAUGAUUCUUGGUGCCUUGAUUUUGCCUCGAAUAUAA